UUUUUCUGACGACUUUGAAUUGUGUUUCUGUUAGGUGGUCAACUAUUGUUAUGGAUACGUUUACUGUUGCCAAAAUAUUUGCACUUUUGCUUAUUACAUUUACUGGGAUUUAUCUGUUGGUUAGCGGAGAUCCACUAUAUCGAAGGUCAUUUGAGAACAUUUUUGAAGACACAAAUACCAAUAUUGGCAAAGUUUCGAUAGCUUUUUAUUCUGGACUUUUUGCUUAUCAAGGAUGGAAUUAUUUAAAUUUUAUUAUUGAAGAGCUUCAAAAUCCAAAAAGAAAUCUUCCUCUUGCAAUUCUCAUCUCAACCGUUUCUGUUACUAUAAUUUAUGUUUUUACAAAUGUUGCUCUCUACACAGUUAUUAGCCCACAAGAAAUGCUGGCUUCUGAUGCUGUUGCUGUGGAAUUUGCAAACAAAAUGUAUGGACCCUUAGCCUUUACAAUGCCUAUAUUUGUUGCUUGUUCAACUUUUGGAUCUGCAAAUGGAGUGAUUUUCACAUCAUCAAGACUUUUUUAUGUUGGCGCUAGAGAAGAACAAAUGCCAAUUGCAUUAACUAUGAUAAAUAAACAAACAAGAACACCAAUACCGGCAGUAGCAUUUCUGGGAUUUUUGUCACUUUGUUAUUUAGCUUUUGGAGAUGAUGCAAUAACCUUAAUAAAUUAUAUCCAAAUAAGUUAUUGGUUAGCUAUAGGUUUAGCAAUUUCUGCACUUUUUUAUCUUCGCAAAAAAAUGCCAAAUGCUCCAAGACCGAUAAAAGUUAAUUUAAUAUUUCCUUCGUUAUUUUUGUUUGGAUGUAUGGCACUUGUUGUUAUACCUAUUGUUGGUAAUCCUAAAGAUACAGCAAUUGGAAUAGCAAUAAUGUUGACAGCUAUACCUGUCUAUUUGCUUUUUAUUUAUUGGAAAAAUAGGCCAAUGUGGAUUUACAGAGCUUCGGGUAUUUUUUUGUUGUUUAAUAAAUUUUUUAUUUGA